AUGAAGUACUUUUCUGUGUUUCUUUCCCUCAUUCUGGCCCAGAAGGUGUACGCACAACAAAGCAUAUGUCCUCUCCUGGGUCCAAUCUUUCCACCUGUCAACGACCCACUCAAGUCCGAUACUGUCUUAGACGCCAUUGUACACCUCAAUGCUACCUUUGAGAAUUUCAACCACAACGGCACCUUCGAUAAGUUGAACACGACUCUCUAUCUUCAGGCCUUUUCUGCUUCAGACACUCUGUUUCAGUAUGGAUACGUCCCUCCUUCUAUGAAGGAUUUCUUAACCUCAGAAGCGAUCAAUGAGGAUACUGUGUUUCGUGUUGGCAGUGUCUCCAAGCUUUUCACCGUGUAUGCACUUCUCGCCGAGGUCGGAAUGAAGUAUAUGGCCGACCCUGUGACAAAGUGGAUUCCCGAACUUGCGCUUGCGGCUAAGAAGAGCAAGGGUGAUGCUACCCGCAGAAUUCAGUGGGAUGAGAUUACUAUUGGCGAGCUCGCUGGACAGUUAGCCGGCAUCCCUCGAGACUUUGGACUUUACGAUGUGGAAACCACAAUUCAACUCAAAAAAGAGAAGCCUGAGAAAUACGGUUUACCUGUCCUAGCCAACAAGGACAAACCAAAAUGCAGCAUCGCAGAUCCGCAUCUAGAACCUUGCACCCGACAAGAAUUCUUCGAGGGAGUUACAGCUAACAACUCCUUCCCCAUCACAUCCAGUGGUAACACUCCCGUGUACUCCAACCUCGCAUACCAAAUUCUCGCCUACGCACUUGACGGUAUGACUGGAAAGUCUUUUGACGAGUCUCUUAAAUCAUCGCUCCUUACUCCCCUCUCUCUGAACCGUACGACCAUGCAAGCACCCAAGAGCAAAGAAAACGCCAUGAUUCCGGAGAAUGAGGAGCUCUCGUCGUGGAGUUCAAAUACAGGAGAUGCUAGUCCCUGUGGCGGCAUGUUUUCCACGGCUGCAGAUCUCACUCGCCUCGGUCAAUCCAUCCUCAAGUCAACCAUCCUGGACCCCGCCACCACACGCUCUUGGCUCAAGCCCAUCACCCAUACUGCGGACCUCAAAAUGUCCGUCGGCAUGCCUUGGGAGAUCCGCCGCACUUCUGUCCCCCUCGGCAGCGGUACCCGAGUCGUCGAUCUAUACACCAAGAAUGGUGCCCUGGGGCUUUACACUUCGAUUAUCGUUCUCUCUCCAGACCACGAUAUUGGCUUUGUGGGGCUUUUUGCAGGACCUAGUCGUGCUGCUUUGUUGGCUCAAAUGUCCGACCUCCUUGCGGAGAAUUUGCUACCUGCUGCUGAGGAAGCAGCGCGAGAGACAGCCGAAUCUCGGUUUGCGGGCACAUUCAAGGGCCCGACGAAUGAGUUGACGGUCGUGAUGGAUGAUACGCUCGUGAUCCGGAACUGGACCCGCGACGGCGUUGAUGUCCUAGCAACACAAGCUGCGAUGAUGUUCCCGGGGCUGGACGUGGCCAUGGUUGCCAGACUGUAUCCGAUGGGAUUGAAAGGGCAAGGAAGAAUGUCCUUUAGAGCUGUCUUGGAGGCCAAGAAGGGUGGCGAUGCUGUAGAAGAGGGGACAGAGGGCAGUGUUGGUCCUUUCAGUGGUGGUUGCUUGACAUGGGGAGGGGUUGACUCACUGGACUAUGGAAAUGUUGGGUUGGAUGAUUUCGAGUUUGAGGUUGACCAGACUGGUAAGGCAACUGGAAUCAGACCGAGAGUGAUGAGAGAAUCUCUCAAGAAGGUCAAUUAA